GCCCCCCCCCACCGUCUCCCGGCAACGUGUCGGCCCCGGGGCGCGGCCCGCGGGCGGCGGCGGCAGGUGCGGGGCGGUGCGGGCCGGCCCGGGGCGGAGCCCCGCGCCCUGCAGCUCCGCUCCCCGCGGCCCGGGGGCGGAGGGGUGCCGGCGGCCCCGCGGGAGGAGCAUGCGGCGCCGCCAUGAGCGAGCAGUGGGACGUCGGCCGGGCCCUGGCCCUGUCGGGCCUCUUCCGCCUCCUGCAGGGCGCGGGCAGGGCCUGCGCCGCCCCGUUCCUCACGCUCUACCUGCGGCACCUGGGGCUGCCGGCCUCGCUGGUGGGCGCCGCGGCCGGGGCCGGGCGGCUGGCGGCGGCCCUCUGCGCUCCCCUGGGCGCCCGCUGCCCCAGCGGCCGCAGGAACCGGCGCCUUCUGGUGGCCGGCUCCUUGCUGGGCUCGGCGGGGGCCAGCCUGCUGCUCACCCUCAUCCCUCCGGCCCACCGCGACGCCGGGCACCGCUACUGUAACGGCAGCCAGCAGCCGGGGCACCGGGGGGCCGCCGCCACCGUGCCCGCUCCGGAGACGAGCAGCUACGGCGUUCUGAGCGUGAGUGCUCUGGUGGCCGCAGAAGCUGCGUCGAAAGACACGGUGACGGCAACUGCUGGGCUUGUGGUAGCGAGCAGAAAGCCAGCGCGGCCCAGUGCGGCCUCGCAGGGGUUAUUUGGCCCGACAGAUGCGCUUGAGAGGAAAGGCAGAGGGGUUGGUGAAGGUGAUGCACAGGCAAACAGCCACUCGGAUGGCCCCUCUGGCUGGAGAGCUCCUGUGAAAGCAGUUAACGGGGAGACACGAGAACCAGGAAUGCUGGCUUCCUACAGACCUCCCGUACGUGGGCUUGAGAAGGAAGCGAGCAGUCUAGGUCCCGCUGCAGUAGGUCCUGCUGCUGGUACUGAAGGAAGCCUUUAUGCUACUGAAAGUAACGAGCUCUCUUUGUUUAAAACAACUCUUCCUGCUGCUGGAGACGCUUACGCGGCUGGAAACCUUUCAGACCACCAGAAGGGUGCUCGAGAUGCGAGCUUCGAGGCAGCGCAAAACAUCUUUCAGGACAGAGAGCAUCAGAUUUUUCUUAUGGCAUUGGGCGCUGUUGUGCUUUGGGAGCUGUUGGCUACUUCUCUGGAACGGACGGUCGAUGAGAGCCUCUAUGAAUAUCUCGACUUUGUUGACGCUACUGACAGGUAUGGCAAGCUGUGGAUUUGGAGUUACCUGGGUGCAUCUGUAGGCGCCUGCAGCAUUGCUGUCUUCGUGGAUCAGCUGAACUGCUUCCUCAGCAGUGCAAUCACCCGCCUCGCGGUCCAUUUCUAUGGCUAUGCUCUCCUGAUCACGCUCGCGUUGCUUGUCAGUGUCUUUUUUCCCAUCCACAUUCCCAAGCAAACCAACCGUGUUAACAAAACCACCAAAGCCCUGGCCCUGCUGUGGAGCGAUGGCCGAGCGAUCCUGUACGCCAUCACCAUCUUCCUCACCGGCGUGGCUGAGUCUGCGGUGCGCAACUUUCUCUUCUGGCAGAUGCAGGACCGAGGCAGCAGUGAGCUGUACAUGGGGCUCUCCGUGGCCGUUGCGCUACUUGCUGAAAUUGUGCUUUAUUUCUUCAAAGGGAAGUUGCUGAGGACUUUCUCGAGCAGCAAAAUUGUUGCGGUCAGUCUGGGCCUCCUGGCAGUACAGCUUCUGUGCUACUCCUUCUUGUGGACUGUGUGGUCAGUUCUCCUUAUCCAAAUUUUAUCCGCCUUCAGUAGCGGUGCUUUGUGGUGGGUGGUUAACAUGAUGGUGGAUGACAUAGCCACUCCAGGCAUGGAGAGACCCCUGCGCGCUGUUCUCCAGGGCCUCUGCCACGGCGGAGGAACAAGCUUGGGCAGUUUUGGAGGAGGAUUUGUCAUGGAGCACUUUGGCCUGGCGGUUCUCUACCGGGCGUGCUGUAUGUGCCUCGUGCUGUGGCUCUUCUCAUUCUUAAUUGUCCAAUCUAAAUUGCCACGGCAGAAAAAAAUUAAUUAUUCUCGUCUCUUGGCUGCCGAUUCCAGUGAUAUGAGUGACUCUGAUGAGGAGAACGAGAGGGACUGGCUGGUAAAAGCUAUGAAGGAUGAAAGCUUUAAUAGGAAUUGGUCACAACAGCAUGGGAUCAACUAACCUGUACUUGAAUGUAGGGGGUGGAGUGGUAACAUGGUAUGAUGGUGAUGCCCAGAAAUGACCAUUAAUUCUAAACUGCUAAAUAUAUAUACUAUAGAUAUGACAGGACAGAUUUUUAUUUUUAAAAAAUUUAUAAAUCUUUUCAAUUUCUUAAUUUUUAUCGUUCUUGUAGUAAUUUUUCCUUUUUAACUUAAUGAUUUUCCUUCCAGAAUCAUAACAAGGUACUUCAGGUAUAGAUCUGCUGAAAUGAAUGUAGCGAAGUUUUUAGUCAAAAAGCAAACUUGAAUUCUUGCUCCCCGGAGCAGAUGCUGUGGAAACCGUGAGCGAAAGCUGUGACCUGUACUUCGACACAAUUGAAUGAAGACUACUGUAAUGCUAACAGCAGACUAAACUUUUUCAAGGUGCUGUCUGUGAUCUUUUGCUGAAUAAGGGACACGAAUAAAAAAAGGUUCAUUUGCCCUGC